UUCAACUUCACAGCCUUGCUUCUGUCUUUCUCCUGAUGAUUUGAGAGAGAGAGAGAGAGAGAGAGAGGGGGGAGGGAGGUAAACUUCGAGGGUAAGCCAUCCAAACCCCUUAAAAUGCCCACGCCACUUUUUCAUCGUCUCCUUUCCUUCUUUACUUAGAUCCUAAAUCUCCAAAACCCCAGUUUUUUUGUUAUCUUUUCUACUUCCCUCAUGUAAACAAACCCUUUCUUACAAGAUUUCUCUAAACAAAUCUUUGUUGGUCCUCUUCCUCCAGAUUUUCAGGAACUAAAUGGGGAAAAGGGACAAGAGGAAUCGUCGAGGACCUCCUAAGGAGAAAUUGGUUGUGGCUGCCCAAUCUCCAAAAGCUAUACCUCAGGAUAAAACUGCAAGUAUUGAAAAUGUUGAUGAUGGAGUUACUGCUGUAAAAGAUAGGAAACCAUGCCCCCAUUUGGACAAAGGUUUUGACCUGAAUAAAUUGUCGACUAAACUUAGGUCCUCUGAACUUAUUAGAUGUGAGGAUUGUAGGGAAAGCGGAAAUGAUAGGAGAGGAAGUAAGGGAAAGGGUAAACAUGGGAAGAAGAAGGGAAGUGCUUUGGUUGAUUCAAAAUCUGAGUCAAAAGCCAUUUGGGUUUGUUUGGAAUGUGGACAUUAUGUGUGUGCUGGAGUUGGUUUGCCAACUGCUUCUACCACCCAUGCUGUCCGUCAUCGUAGACAAACCCGUCACAACUUGGUGAUUCAGUGGGAUAAUCCUCAAUUGAGGUGGUGCUUUGCUUGCAGUACAUUCAUUCCAGUUGAGAAAAUGGAAGAAAAUGAUGAACAAAAAGAUGUUUUGUAUGAGGUUGUAAAGUUAAUUAAGGAUCAAUCAUCUAAACCAUCAGCAGCUGAUGUUGAGGAUAUUUGGUUUGGAAGUGGCAGUGUUACCAGUUCAAUCAAAUCAGAAGGAACUAUAUCAAAUUCUUUGGAAGGAAAAAGUGGCUAUGUGGUUCGGGGUUUGGUUAAUCUUGGGAAUACAUGCUUCUUUAAUUCAGUAAUGCAGAAUCUUCUGGCUCUGGACAGGCUAAGGGACUACUUCUUGAAUAUGGAUGCAUCCAUGGGGCAGCUAACUAUUUCUUUGAAGAAGCUUUUUGCUGAAACAAAACCGGAGAUGGGUUUGAAAAAUGCUAUCAAUCCAAAACCCUUCUUUGGGUGCGUUUGUGCUAAGGCUCCCCAGUUUAGGGGCUAUCAGCAACAUGAUAGUCAUGAGUUGCUCCGUUGCUUGCUUGAUGUGCUUUAUAUGGAAGAGUUAGCUCUGAAAAAACACACUAAUGCUUCUAAAAAUGAUAUUGUUACAGUAAAGCAGGAUCUUACAUUUGUGGAUGCUGUAUUUGGUGGUCAAAUUUCUAGUACUCUUUGUUGUGAGGAAUGUGGGCACUCCUCAACAGUGUAUGAACCAUUUUUAGAUCUCUCACUUUCAGUUCCAACCAAGAAAACCCCAUUUAAAAAGUCUCAACCAGUCUAUCGAGCAAAGAAAACGAAGUUGCCACCAAAAAAAGUUGGCAGGGUUCGAGGAAAAGUUAACAAAGGUGCAGAUCAGGCACCAGCUCAGGCUGUUACAACUCAAUUUCCAAGCAGUGAAUCUCCAGGCCUAGGACACGUAGCUGUGCCUCUGACAGAAACCAUGGUGGCAUCUUCCUGUGAUUCUUCACUAUCAAGUGCUAUUGGCCCAAGCACUGAGGCCAAUGAAAUCAGUUCUGCUUCACAGAAUCACCUAGAUGUCGUGGAGUCUCAGAAUGAACUAGUAAUGGAUGAUACAAUGAAGGAAAAUGCAGUUGGGGCCGAUGAUUUUACUUGGAUGGAUUACCUUGUAAUGGAGAAUACACACCAGGAAAACGGUGCCGGGGCUGGUGAUUUUACUUGGAUGGAUUACCUUCAACAAGAUGUAGUGGCUGACGAGAAUGAUUUGAUUUCUCAAAAUAACGAUAUUUCCCUUUUUCAAGAUUCUGAGGACAAGUAUCUGGUUCUGAAUGAAGCUUUAGCAGAAAGUCAUCAGGUUUCUUUACUCGAGGGGGAACGAAAUCAAAAACCACAUGAUUCUUCUGGAAACCUUCAAGAAGAUGAGCUUCCCUUGCUGGUUCAAGAUUCUGAAAUUCUAUUGCUUCCUUACAAGGAAGAAAGUGCCGGUAUUGAGGAGAGUGUGAGAGAAAAUGAGGCCUCCUCAUCAAAUGCAGGUCAUGGGCAAGAGGAAGUGGAGUUUGAUGGCUUUGGUGACAUGUUUAAUGAGCCUGAAAUUGCUGCAGGGCCCAGCAUUGGGCCAUCUUUGGCAAAUGAAGUUACUGAAACUGGUUUUUUGGCUGGGAAUAUCAGUGAUUCUGAUCCUGAUGAGGUUGAUGAUAGUGAUUCUCCAGUAACUAUAGAAAGCUGUUUGGCUCACUUCAUAAAACCAGAGCUUCUUUCUGAUGAUAAUGCUUGGAAUUGUGAGAAUUGUGCAAAAAUUCUGCAACGUCAGAAGUUUAAAGCAAAGAAGAAGCAGGCUAAGAUUUCAAAGAAUUUAACCAAUGGAGGUGAGACUCAAAGCCAAUGUGAACCACUGAGUUUAGAUAAGGAACUCCACUGUCCUAAUGGAGUUAGAUCCAUUAGUAAUGGAGAUAUAAGUAGUUCUGGUGAAAGCUUGGUUUUACAUAAUGAGAUAACUGAUUCUUUGAAUCAAAAUUGUAUAAAUGUUGAAAAUGGUCAAACAAGUGAGCUAAAUUCAGUUGUAUCUAGAUGCAAAGAAGGAAAAUCUCAGAUAGAAGAUGCAAAUCUGAUAAAAUCAAAUUCUUCAGUCUUGUCGAAAUCUUGCGGUCAAGAAAAAUCUGGGGGAAUCCAACCUGUUGGUUCUUGCUAUGUUGAAAAUCAUAAUGAUAAAUUUCAGCAGAGUAAUUCACUGAUGGCUGAAAACUGUCAAUCAGGGGAAAGUGAUAAUAAAGAGAUGGACUCUGAAAACGUGAAGGUGAAGAGAAAUGCAACAAAGAGGGUACUCAUAAACAAGGCCCCGCCUAUUCUGACUAUUCAUUUGAAGAGGUUCAGUCAGGAUGCUCGUGGUCGCUUAAGUAAAUUAAAUGGCCAUGUCAAUUUCAGAGAAACACUGGAUCUUAGAUCAUUUGUGGAUCCCAGGUGUGAAGACAGGGAUAAUUGUAUUUACCAUCUGGUCGGGGUCGUGGAGCAUUUGGGGACAAUGAGAGGUGGCCACUACACUGCAUACGUAAAAGGAGGUGAGAAGAGGAAGGAGAAGAACGAGACUGAACAUGUAAGUUCUCCGUGGUAUUAUGUGAGUGAUGAUUACGUGCGCCAAGUAUCACUCGAAGAAGUUCUCCGAUGUGAGGCGUACAUCUUAUUCUAUGAAAAAAUUUGAGAGAAGCACUUUGUUCCAUACUUGUUCUGUUUCUUAGUGACACCAGGGGGGCGGGCUAAAAGUAGCAGACCCCCAGAGAAGAAAGAAAUACAAGAAAGGCCGAGGUGAGUGUACAACAACAAUUACCAUACAAUGAUAUACCCAUUUUUGACAUGAAAUUAUAUCCUCAGAAAAGCUUCAGUAUUCCUUUUUUAAUUAGUCUUAGUGCCUUGAAAACUCAGUUCCUGAUUAAUUGAUGUUAUUUUUUGUUGGAAUUUACUUGUCAAAUUGCUACAUUGGCUGUUUUCCAGAUGAAUAUUCCAAUUAAUGAUGAAGCUGUGGCUAAAGUUUUGCAUUAACAGUUGGAAAAUAUGAGCUUUGGAUUGAAUUUCAUCUUGUGAUAGCAUUUGCUCAUU